UCCAGUUAUACGAUCAAGAGAAGCAAAGAAAGGAAGGGAAAUUUUGUAUGCAGAAAAGGGUAGGGGACACACAUUUCUUCACAAGAACAAUGAACGGGGCAGAUUCUAUAAGCGGAUUUUGGAAGUCGGUAGCACAGCUGGAGAUACCCUUAACAAAAUGUGAAGCAAGUUCCUCUUCUUUACUGGAAAUCUAUUUCUAAUGCCGAAUAAAUUCUGCAUGCUCACCACAGCCGCAUCAAAGGCAGACCAAACCGGAGUCGUUCAAGAAAUCUGAAGCUUUCUGAGCUUCCUUGGAUUCUCAAAGAGAUCUGUUUAAUCACACCAGGAAUUCUUUUACUUCAUCAUCAGAUAUGACACAGUUCUUGGGAAGAAGCAGAGGAAACCAAACUACCCACAAAACAGAAAAGAUCUCCUCUUUUAACUGACAAAGUGAUCACGUUAACUGUUCUCCAUGAGUCAUUUCUGCUUUGCUUGUAUGGAAAGGCAUUAAGGUGAAACAAGACCUCGACUCUGUAGGAGUCAAAUUCUUUACGUGCUCCGAAACCAGAAGAUGCUGGAUGAUGAAUUGACCCAUAUGGCUGAAAACUGAUGGGAGAAAAUAAUCUACAGACACUGAUGCAGUGGUGGGAUUUAGCCAGUUCGUACCACUUUGGGAGAACUGGUUGCUAACUUUCUGAGCAGUUUGGUGAACUGGUUGUUGGAAGAAAUCAUUAGGGCAGAGAACCGGUUGUUAAAUUAUUUGAAUCCCACCACUGCACUGAUGUCACCAUUUCUACCUUCUUGAACAAGAACCGAUGCAGAAGUACCCAAAAGGAUAACCCAACUGAUUUUGUUGCUGAAGAUUUUCUGCGAAAUUGUCCACAUCUUGUCCACCUACUUCUUCCAAAAAUCAGAACAGAUGCAAAAGUCACUUGAUGGCUGUUGACUAAACCAAGGGUGAGGGCUUUGUCCUUUAGCUUUUUCUGGAUCCAUCCUUGGCUCUCAAGACGAAGCAGAAACAAGACAAUCAGAGUAAGAUUCAUUUCCACAGACGACAGCAACCAAUAUGAAAACUCCAUACUUUUCUGGAAUAACGGAUGCCGAAACGGGAAGUUUUGCAUUCAGGUAUAGCGAUCACAAUGAGACUGAGGAAAUCUACUCAAAGAGCAGCGUCGAUCAGCCGGAAUAUCAGAAAAAAGUCAUCUAUUCUUUAAUCCUUUUAAUCUGUAUUCCAGGCAUUAUCGGAAAUGGAAUUGUCAUCCGACUUCUGGGAUGCAAGAUUAAGAGAAAUUCUUUCACUGUCUACAUCCUCAAUUUAGCCACGGCUGACAGUGGGACCCUCAUAUUCCUAUUUCUGACAGGAAUUCUGUACCUGACUAAGAGAUGCUUCCCCUUAAUAACAGCAGAAUGUUUCAUAUGCACUUACUGCACUGGUCAAUUUCUUCUGACAAUCAUCAGCAUCGACCGGUGCUUGGCUCUCUUCUUCCCAAUUUGGUACCGAUGCCACCAGCCUUCAUAUUUAUCCCACAUACUCUGUGCCUUCUCAUGGCUGGUCUCUUUGCUCCUCUGUGCAAUUCACUAUGCUCUGUUCGAUGCAAGACUGACUAAAAUCUUCCCUUCGUUCUAUCACAUCCUCAUAUGUACCUCUAUUUGUAUCCCACUCAUGUUGGUUUCCAGUCUUGCCCUCUUCAUCAAGGGCUACCUUAAAUCACAGAUGCAGAGGCGGGGGAAGCUUCUCAAAGUCACCUUGCUGGCCCUGUUUUUCUUCCUCGUCUUUUCUAUUCCACCAUGUGCCAUUUAUCUCAACGAGACUCUUUUCAAGCACAAGUUCGCCAAUUUAACUACCUAUGGCUACCUCUGCGCCUGUCUAAACAGCAGCGUUAACCCACUGAUCUAUUUUCUGUUGGGGAGAAAGAAAGAACUUCAUUCUACAUGCAACCUAAACAUUAUCCUCCAGAGGGUUUUCAAGGAGGAAGAAGAAAAUGGAACGCAGACGGAGGUCCAGGUUGAUAGCCAGUUAUGAUUUACUCAUGAGAGUGAUAAAAAAUAAUAAUCCAUAUUUCUAUAGCGCCCUGCCAGGAAAUUGAUAAUUAAUUCAGAGAAACCUCCUCUGGCAAACCAGUAUUGGCAAAAAUAUAAUGCCAAGGAGAUUAGGAAAUUAGCCUGUCUUUUUCUCAAUUGUAACAGUGGUUUCUAAGACAUUUUGUACAGGUCCUAUUGAGGUGUAAUACAAUAACAGAGUUGGAAAGCACAUUGGAGGCAGGGGUGAAAUCUACUUAUCUUCUUUACUGGUUCGGAAGUGCAUGUGAUGUGCAUCACAUGUGAUUUUGAACCUUCUGUACAUGCACAAAGCCUCCUGCGCAUGCACAGAGGGUCAAAAACAGGUUACUUCCUGGUUAAAACCAGGAAGUAAGGACAUCUGGGUGGGUGGGCGGAGCCUCACGCAGCCGCCGCUACCCCUGCUUGGAGGUCUUCUAGUCCAACCCUCUGCUUAGGCAGAACACCCUACACCACAGGUGACUUUAACAACUCCUGGAUUAAAGGGGUUAAAGUUUUCUUCAAUCUUGGUAAUUAAUGAUGAGAAGCUAAAUGAAUGGUUUUCCUUACCUUCAUAUUUCUGCAGCUGAUGUUUGUUCACCUGCAGGCAUAAGUCAAAAUGUUCCAAAUACUGUUUCAACUGCUUUGAUGUUCCUAGGUAUUUUAUCCUCGCUGUCAGUCACCCAGCAAAGUUCAUUUACUAGUGAGAAUUGAUCGGUGAUUCUGAAAACUUGAUUCUGUGUUAGCAUCCAUACUAACAGGCCAUCCACCCAAUAUAUAUAUAAAUAUUUGUUUUCUGAGGUUUUCGCGGGUAUUUGUAUGUAGGUCUUUGGUUAUUCGGGUUUUUUCCCAUGUAAAAUUGGAAGUGUCUUGGCGUCUUUCGACGAAGUCUCAUUCGUCAUCUUCAGGCUUCAGCUUCAUUGCUCCCAGAAGCACGAAGCUGAAGCCUGAAGAUGACGAAUGAGACUUCGUCGAAACGUCGCCAAGACACUUCCAAUUUUACACGGGAGAAAACCCGAACAACCAAAGACCUACAUACAAACACCCGUGAAAACCUCAGAAAACACACACACACACACACACACACACACACACACACACACACACAUAUAACCUCAGAAAACAAAUAUAUAUAUAUUUAUUUCAUACAUACAUACAUACACUUCAUUAAUAUGUCAUGCAGAUGUAUUGCAACGUUGAUUUCAAAUUUUUUUGCCACCUUGCAAACUGUCUUGAUUUUUUUUUGUAAUAUUUUGUGUAAUAACAAUUAAAGUUUACAAGCAUAUUCAUUAUUUAAUCUAUUUUUAGCUUAAUACCAAUACUUUAAAUAUCUAAUACUAUGACAAUCCUCUUCUUAAUUUAUUUAACUCUAUUAACUCUAUUAACUUUAUUAAUACAUUUUCUAUAUUUCACCCAUCUAUUUUUAUUUCUAAUUUUUAUAUUUGUUCUCUAACCAUCAAUAAAAUGACUCCCAUAUAAUAUAAUAUUCGGUUUGUUCUUUUCCUUUAAUUGCCAGUGUUAACCUAUUCAUUUCUGCACAUUCUAGUAUCUUCCUAUUCACAUUCUCCUCGGUAGGGAUCUCUUCACUUUUCCAAUUUUAGUGCAAAUACAAUUCUAGCUGCAGUUAUUACAUGGAUAAUCAAAUAUACAUUUUCUUUUUCCAAUUUCUGAUUUUGAUUUAAUUAAAAUUGUAGUCAUCUAUUUUUAUGGUUUGUAUUUUCUAUUUUUAUCUCUUGUUAGUCAUUUUAAAUAUUGAAUAAACAGAAAGGAAGGAUGUAA